UUUUAAUUCAAAAUGGAUGAAGAUUAAGAUGUAUUUCUUAUUUUAAAUACUUUAGAACUUCGUUGAAGAUGAUGGAAGUGAUGAUGACAAAUUUGAAGAAACUUGGAAGAAAUAAUAUGAAGUUACUAUAAUCAUAUAAUAUUUAGUAAUAAAUGCUUCCAAAAAAAUAAGAUAAAAGACCUGAAUCUAAACAUGGAAGACCUGAAAGUUCAAAAUUUAAUUAGAAAAAAUAAAGUUUAAAUGAUAAUCCAAUACCAAUCUCUGUUGCUUUAUAAAAAUUCAACUAGUUAGUUACAUAUAACAAUAUUAAAAUUGAAUAAUUUUGGAAGUCAGAUUCAGUUAAUGCCUCUCCAGAAGAGUUUGUAUCAUUUCUUGGUUAGGCAGGUUUCCAUAUUUCCUAAUUUAAUUAGGUUUUACUUUUACAUAAGAAGAAAUUAAUCAAAUAUUGAGUGAUUUAGAAAAUGAAUUUGGAAAAAUCACAAUAGAAAAUAUAUGUAAAAAAGUACAAGCUUGGAAUUCUAAUGAAAGUAUUUAAUUAAAUUAUAUUAUACAGAUACAAUGCUUGAAUUUAUUAAAGAAAAAGCAUUACAUUUAGCAUAAGCAAGCAAAAGAAAAUUCUCAGCUUAAAAGAAAAGUAAACCAUAAUCUGCUUCAGCAACAAGAACUGGUCCUAAAGAUUUUAGACCUAUUAGUGGAAUCUCUUAUAAGAGUAAACAAUCAGGUUUUACAGAAUUUAAAAUGUAUUCUAAUUGAAUAUCUUUUUAGUGGUGAAGAAAGACCUGUUUAAAAUCUUUCUAAAUAUUAUUUAUAAAAAGCUAAAGAGAGAGAAAAAGAAAUGGAUCGUUUACUUUAAUUAACUAUAUCUAAAGGGAAAAAUGAAUAUGAAUAUGAAAUGCUUAUUAAAAUGGGAGAAGCAAAUGAAUUAUCAUAAUUACUGGAAAGUAAAAUCACUUACCGUGCAUAUAAAUCUGCAUAAGGAAAUCUCAAAGUUCAUAUGUAUGAAUUGGAUAGAUUCAAUAAAGACAUGACUCUUGAAGAAUUUUAAAGAGAAUAUAAUAUGAUUAAAAAUAAAUAUAAUGAAAGAAGAAAUUUAAAAAUUUGGGAAGUACUUUCAGAAAAUAAAAAAAGUUAAAAAAGUUUAUAACAUUUUGGAACUUAAAAAGAUGAGAUUCAAUAAGAAUCCUAAAACUAACAUUAAUCAAAAGUAAUUAACAAAAAAGAAAGAUAAUCUGAAUUAAAAAAAGUUCUUUUGGAAACUAUGAUGUUAACAAAUGUUUUAAAAGAGUAGUUAUCAGUUCUUUAAAAGAAAGGUAUAGUGAUUUAAUAACCUUCAAUGUGA